AUGGAAGAAGAGUUUUGGUUUUUAAUUCUAAGUUCUAUUAUAAUUGAUUUGUUGGGGUCUUUACACCACAAUUUCUCGAGAGAACGGGAGACAGAAGAGAGAGAGGCUCUCACUCAUGUCAAAUCGUGUCGAGCGAGGGUUAGCUUGAAGAGCAAGGGCAAGACGACUAACAAGGGCUCUAAGGCUCCCGACGACCGGUCAAUUUCUUCGGCCGUCAAGGAGUGGACCUCCUGGACCAUGAAGAAGGCCAAGGUCAUCAUGCACUACUGUUUCAUUUCUCUCAUCAUCGUUAUCGGGAUGAACUCCGAACCCAAGCCCCAACUUUCUCAGCACCUUAGCCCGGUUUGA